UUUUUUUUUGAGUGUUUCGCAACGAGGGCCAGUUAUAUCCAUCUUUGGCUUUCUCUAUAUAUCCCAUUUUAUUUGAUAGUUUCCCUACUUUUUUAAACUUUUUUGUCAUAUCUAUUUUUACAUUGUUUACAUUUAUUGCACCGAAACGACUUUUGCCGCCUUUCGAAUACCAGCUAUUCCUCCUUAAAAAUCCUGUGCACCCAUUACACUCUAAUCCUACUUGACGGCCAUGCCCCCUUCAUUGGAGUCACAAGACAAAGUAGGAUCCCUCAGUGCCGAUAACAAUAAUCGCGACUGCUUAUUCUCUUCUCCCGCCGCUCAUCCGCUGGGUCAUGAACAGCCCGAUCCUACCGGGAACAACCCCGCCAACGACGAUGUCAUGGACUUCUUUUUAAAUCAAGUCGCCGAGUAUAAUGCUCAACAACUUUCCUUUGAUGAUAAACUUGCAGACCCUCACAACCCCCAAGUUUUGGAUCCUUCUUAUCUACUUGCAGUCCAGGAACAAACGCAGCAGCGACCCAAGUUGGAGACAGCAUCUCGAGAUUUUUCACAACUCACAAUGAACGACGCUCAACCAUUUAUCGAUUUUACAGACCCGAAAGUAUCCCCAUCCGCUUCUUCUUCAACCCCUUCGGUGCCUGCCAGACAAUCGUCCGCUAAUGGCGGAAAUGCAGCGGCCAAGAAAAACGGCAAAGCCAAGUCCAAAGAUUCUACUUCAUUGCUUCAGGUUUUCACCAAUCCUUUGUUGCAUGCUAUUCCCAUCUUGGCCCGAAAUUGCCUCAAUUUUGAAGAUUUCUUGGCACAGACUGCCGUGCCUGGUCAAAAUGUGUUAUUAGGUCCCAAGGACGGGGACUCGGGUAAUGACGACUACGGCACAGCUGACAGAUUGAUUCUCGAUCCUUCCAAAGAGCGAUCGGUGAUGAACAAAUAUGAAAGUCAGUUCCACAUUCGUGUACUUGGUCUUCCACCUUCGGGGGCCAAAUCUCGUGUGGAGACGCAAAUCAAGAUAUGCUUGCAAUUGGCUCACACCUCGUCAGGCGAAUUGGCGACCAAUUGGUCCCAUCUAAAACUGCCCGAGCAUAUGGUUGCCAAAGAAAAACUGAAGCGGAAAAACACCAAAUACGGCACGGAAGAGAAACCUGCAUUGACCGAUUCCGAAGUCUUGAUCUUGGAUGCCGCCGUGGUCUGUGAUAGUCAUGCUGACAACGAAAUUAUCAUGUGCACCAGCUGUGUUCAUCGAGAGCGCAAACGGUUAAAGAGGAAGCGUGACAAUAAAGUAGCUCGUGCGGCUAACAAAGAAGGAGGAGCUGCCAAAGUAGCUGCUUUGUUUGCCAAUGAUUUACCGGAUUUGGAGGACGAGGCAGUCAUGGCAGAAGAACGGCGAAAGAUUUUACUGUUCAAUUGCACCGAGUACGUGGAAUUCAACGGUGGUGAAGCAACCUUGCCUACGCGCGUCACAUGUUACUGUCGUCAUCACAGCGAAAAAGUUGGAUUCAGGAUUGUAUUUACGCUGAAGAAUCAUCAUCAUCAAGUAAUUGCGACUGGACGAUCCCCACCUAUCAUGAUUACCGACGAUCACAAGAGCUCGAAAGUGCAAACCACUGGUAAAAAGCGAAGCAGAGCCGAAGUCGAAGGUUCACCGGUGGAAAUGGAGCCUCCUGUCAACACCAAACGAAAAGCAAGUACAAUGCUGAUGUGCAACGCUGAUGGUGAAACCGAUUCUGGUGUUUCGAGCCCUGUGGCGUCCACGCCUGCCACGCCUACGUCUCAAGGGGAAGAUGGAGCUCACGAACAAUCUCCGUUGCCAACCAAAUUAGAAGUGACGUCCACUGCAACCACCACCUUUGACGAAACCAUGGAUCCCAGUUCGUCACAAGGGGUGGGGCUGGAAAAACAUCCGUCGUCUUCCAAAAACCUUCUGUCGCAUCUUGGUCAACAGGCACAGGAUGCCGUCACAUUCACUCAACAGCUGCAACAAGACUGUCUAUUCGGCUCUUUAAACCUAAACGAUCUUAAUAUGGAACAAUUAAUGGCCAAUGCCAGUAUGAUACCGACAUCCCUAUCGCCCACUACGCUUCCACAACCACAACGACAACAGGAGCAGCAGCAGCAGCAGCAAAAUCAGCAAAAUUCUCUUGCAACUUUGCAACAACAGCAACAACAGAUACUAUCUCAUUUUAAUCAAAAUCCUAUGCAAACCGCAUUAUAUCGACGACGCUUCGGUGGCAGUGGUUUAGGUGCCCAACAGUCUUGGCAAAACAAUCAAAACAUAUACGCGAAAAUCCAACAGCAACAGCAAAGACAACAACAAGCCGCGGCAGAUGAAAGGAAACCAACGAAUUUACCACGACUUCAUCGUCUAAUUCCUUCCGAGGGACCUAUUUAUGGUGGUGCCGAGGUCACGGUGUUGGGGUCAAAUUUCUAUGAAGGAUUGACGUGUUUGUUUGGCGAAAAUCCGGCGGUGCCGACCCACUGUUGGAGUGCCAAUACCCUUUUAUGUAUUCUUCCUCCGGCGGCGACGGCGGGGCCGGUGGUAGUGUCGUUCAAAGAGCAUCCGCUAAUGCUGGAAGGUCAAGAUGUGGUCCUGUUCACGUACUUUGACGAAAGUGAUCGAGCAUUGAUGGAACUGGCUCUUCAAGUGGUGGGAUUAAAAACGAUGGGCAAAGUGGAAGAUGCUAGACAGAUUGCUAUGCGAAUCGUUCAAGGUGACAGUGGUGGCAACAGCGGUCAAGGCGAACGUAAAGGACAAGGUGGAACAACCAGUUUUGGUCGCGCAGGAUUGCAACUGGACUACCGGGAAAUGCUGACCAUUCAAGCGGCUUCGGCGGCUUAUUACAAUGCGCGAACGCUGUGUUUGCCUCGAUUGGAAGAGAAGAUCAUUGCGGCUCUGGUUGCAGUGACGGUGAUGCCGACACGGUAUCGGUGUGAUUUAACGCUGACAAACCGUAAUCAUCAUACCUUGCUACAUUUGGCGACGAUUUGCGGCUAUGCGCGACUGGUGAAGGCGUUGAUCAAACUGGGUUGCGAUGUGAAUAAGGCUGACAACAAUGGUUUCACUGCUCUUCAUUUUGCGAGCUGGACUGGCAAACUGGAGCUGGUAAAGAUACUGAUUGGUAAAAGUAAUUUGGAGAUCCGGAACCAUGUUGGUAAGACGGCCGAACGAUUAGCUGUGGAAGCGGGACAUCAGUCGGUGGUCGAUGUUUUCCGCAAACGCCGUGUCUUGCGGCCACGUCCCGUAACGGAAACUGCUGUACGAAUACCGUUGACGGACUUCAUACCCUCUUCAGCUGUCAAGUCCGUCACCUCCGUUCUUCCCGCCCGAUUAACCAAUAUGCUGUCUUCGCUCUACACGUUAUCCACCAACGAACCCCGCGUCCAAAAGUUCACUCAUUCCGUUGGUCAAAUUUAUAAUUUCAUGCUUGAUCCGUUCUAAACCCUUCUGUUUUUUUACUCUUUUUUUUCCGUCCUCCCCUUGUUACUUCAUUUAAGUUUGCUAUCUAUUCACUGUCUUGCGUUUGUAUCCCCCUUGUUUUGCUUUCAUUUCCUCUACCUCUUCUGAUUUGAUCUAUUACCCUUAUAAUCAAGUUCCAUAACCCUUAAAGUUAUAUAAACUGUAAACUGAUACACAAGAAAAAUCCAGAGCG